UAAAUACAUUCAAUCUGAAUAUAAAAUUCAGACAAGAAAAUGGAGAACCGAUCCCAUCACUAUAUAUAAAGAGGCUUACACAAAUUUAUUUCCAUAACAAAAUGUAUAGUAUUAUUACUUUGUUAAUCAUUUCCUUAUUGGUAUUGCUCCCUCAUCAUUUGGAGGCCAUAUCUUCAUGUAACGAAUCAUGUCGUACCCUAAACGAUUGUGAAGGUCAACUCAUUUGUAUCAAAGGAAAGUGCGACGAUGACCCUGACAUCGGAACCAAAAUAUGUGAUGGUGGUGGAGGCAGUGGUGGGGGAUCAUGCAAAUCUUCAGGCACUCUUAUUUGCAAGGGAAAAAGUUUCCUGAAAUUCAAGUGCUCUCCACCAAUCACAUCCUCCACCCCAGCGAAAUUGACUAACAACGAUUUCAGUGAGGGUGGUGAUGGCGGGGCACCAUCUCAGUGUGAUGAGAGAUUUCAUUCCAACACUGAGAGAGUGGUUGCUCUCUCAACUGGUUGGUACAACGAUGGUUCGAGGUGUGGAAAGAUUAUUAAGAUUACGGCUAAGAAUGGGAGAAGUACAACCGCUAAGGUGGUUGACCAGUGUGAUUCCCAAAACGGUUGUGAUGCUGAACAUGCAGGUCAACCACCUUGUAAAAAUGAUAUUGUUGAUGGUUCCAAUGCUGUGUGGAGUGCUCUUGGGCUCGACACCGAUUUGGGUGUUGUCGAUGUUACUUGGUCUAUGGCGAGCAAUGAUGAUGUGUAUGCACUAAAACAUUACACGUAAUAACAUAAAAAAAACACAUAAUAAUAUUUGGUGCGCAUAAUUAUACAUGUUGUAAUAAGCUCUUAAUAUGAGUGAUCAAGAGUAUUGAUCUAUGGUUUAUGUCCUUUAUAAAAAAAACACAAAAUUUAUAUACGUGAUGAGCUUGGCUUAUCUAUACAUGGAUUUAUGUUA